AAAUCGAUCCUUUUUGCUUUGCUUGUGCCGUGUCGGUGUGUCUGUCUGUCAUUUUAACCUUCAUCUUCAUACAACACAAGAAACAAGAAGUGAACAUGAAAAAUGUUGUGCUUAAUUUAUUUUUGAAACAUUAUUUUUAUAUUCAAAAUUAAUUCGAGUGAAAUAUUCUUAUUGUUAAAAAAAAAGAUUGAAGCACAAUUAAUGCAUUACCAUGUAGUAGAUUUUCUUUGAGUUGGAAAACAAAAUCUGCACUUCAACUUCUCAAAAUUUAUUUCUCGCAUUUCAAAAGACUGCUCUUGUCAGAGCAUAUUUGGAAGACGGGACAAGAACGUGGGGGAGUUCUCUAUCCUGCAAGAUGACUCCUUUUGAUGAUUUUGCUUAUUUGAUAAAUCAUGUUCUCUUGGGAGAAGAGCCGACCAUCGAAGAUUUUAUUCUUCUGGUUGGAACUCUGGUGGCGUUCGUAGCUUUUAUACUUUGGUGCUGUUUUCCAAUUCAACCAAAGGACAACAGCAACCAUAGACAAUUUUCAUGUAAAUCGACUCAGCAUUCAAUUGCUUCUGCUCAGCUGCACAAUAAUUACAGUAAGAACUCUACAGCUCAUAAUAACUAUAACUUACAAAACGGUCAUGCAUACCAUUGUUGUACUUAGCUAUUAAGUCUUUAUUAUCAACUUCUUUUUGCUACCAUAUUUGCAAAAAAAAACAAAAUUUUUCUAAGUACUCUAUUUUAUUUAUCUAAAAUCUUGAACUCACUUAAACCAAAGCAAUUUUAAAAGUUUGUUUUAUAAUAGACAAACAACAAUUUAUUAUUAAUUAUUAUAUCUUCAUAUAUAGAUAUACACAUUAUUCAUAAUUAUUAUGUUUAGCUUAUUUUAAAUAAAGCGAACAAAUAUAAACAACAAAUCGUAUUAAUUUGCAGACUGAUAAUAACUGAUAAUAUUUAUUAAAAAAAAUAUACUUAUGUAUUAUUAACAAUUAUAUUAAUAAAUUAAUUAGAACAACAUAAUAUUUAAUAAUUUGUUGCUCAUUUUUUAUACAUCAAUUUAAUUGCAAAUGGUAAGGGCAUUCAAAUGCAAAAUGUAAAAUAUUCUGACUAAAUGCAAAACAAGUAUACAGGCACAAACCGUUUAAGAAAAUAACUCUAAUUAAAAAUUAUGAGUAAAGGAAACAUACAUAUAUACCAUUAUAUAUAUGUUGUACAUAUUAAUAUUUUUGUACUUAGUAGUGAAUAAUUGAAUACAAUGUACAUAUGUAUUGAAUUAUGUAAUAAUGAAUUAUUAUAAAAAUAUAUAAACAAAUAAAAUAUAGCAUUAACAGGGAGAUGACAACGUGACAAGUAAACAAAUUAAUUAUACAUACGUAUUUCGAAAUAAUAAUUGCAUUAAUCUAAUAUACAAAAAAAAUUACUCAUUAUGCUAUUUUGCAAUAAAUUAAAACACUUUUCCAAUAUUCUUAAUAAUAAUAAAAAAAAAACACUCAAAAACACCUUACCUACCGUCAGAACAAGCAAUAAUUCGAUCGUUUACGAACAUUUUACUAAGGAUACAAAAUAAUCUUGUUUUUUUUAUUCUUAUUAAUAUAUAAAACAAAAAUAAAAUGUAAUUCAAUUUAAACAGUUUUCUAAAAUUAUAUAACACAAAAGUCCGAUGUUUUAUUUUUUAAUCCUUAAAAAAAAAAAUGAAUGCUUGACAAUGUUUAUUCCAGCUUUACAUUUUUGAAUGCAUGUAUUUAUUUAGCUUUAAGGA